GAUUAUAAUUGAAGAGGGUAUUAGUCAAACGUUUAUACCCAGGCAUGAAAAUCAUAGAAGACGCUCAGUACGUAGGCAACGCAGUUGGUUGGAUAAUUAUGGCGUGAGAAGAUUGUAUCAUGGAUUUUAUUUACAUUUCACAAACAAU